AUGAAUGUCUUUUUCAUUCUUGUGGCAACCUGUCUAGUAGGACUUUGUCAUUGCCAAGGCUCCAGAUUUUCCGGCAACAGACUUAUUAUCGAGGUUCUAGACGACUAUGCAGAGGAUGAAGUUGUGAUUAGUCAUAUUGCAGAUGAGACAAGGAAAGGUGGAUCUAGCGGCAAAAGACAGAUCUGGGAUCUGGCAAACGGAACUGCCUAUGAAGUAGAGUACACACUGUCAUCGGCUCGUAGAUACAGUGAUGAAAAGGUAGCAGAUGUGGCAGUGGACGAAUCUCCAGUUCCUCAAACAUCUAGACACACUACUACUCUUGAUAUAUCCAGUCCAGAUGAGGACAAGUCUCAGUCCUUCGACUAUACCUUUACUGCAAACGCAAUAAGGCUAGUUGUCCCUAAUAAGGAUGUAAGCGUCUCUAAACUCGUGAAUGGAACUGAAGAGGUUUAUACUCUAUCCUCCGGAGAAACACUUGACCAUGCUAAAGUGUACCUUAACAAGGAUGGUAAACCCGAGCUAGUUCUUGUUGUGACAAAGACAUCUAGCGCUUCUAAGGAGUGCUAUCUUGAACUAAAGGAUAGUAAGUGGGUACCAUGCAGUAACAUUGAAGAGAGGAUAAAGGGUUUAAGGGAUCCUGCAGAAUGGGAAUCAGACUUUGAUAUUGACAUCUCCUCAAUUUCUGAUACCACUGAAUGCAGCAUAUUUGAGACAGAGUUAUUGGGAGUUACCACUAAAUACAUUUAUCCAAAGGCUGGACAUAAUGCCAUGAAUGUUAAUGAUGGGAGUAAAGAGUUAUGGAAAUCUGCAAUAUCUGUUAAUAGAUCUGGACCCGGAGAGGGCUCAGAUGCUUGCCUUUCUUGUCUUAUUCAUAAGAAUGGAUCUAUGGAACUACUUGAGAUGAUUGUGGUUGAAAGAUUAACAAGGAGGUAUAACUACUUUGAAAAGGUAGAUGGAAAGUGGACCUCCAUAGACAAGAAAGAUUAUGAUAAGAAGCUAAAGGACCUCAAGAAUGAUGUGACUAAUCAGUCUUCUGUAGAAGAGUCUAAAAAAUCUUCCAGAGAGUCUCCUAAUCCUUCUUCACAUCCUUCUACUACUACUUCAUCGUAA